UGAAUACGAAAGGGCAUUGUUAUACUUUACGGAUUCACGUGGCUGAAACCCUUAAAAUAGAUCUGCGUAGCUUGCAGACAUCAGACGAAUGCGGUACGCUCGCAUGGCGGAAGCUUGCUUGUUCGAUUCAGAACUCUAUGCUCACGCGAGUAGCACUUGUUUUCACAUAUUAUUUUCUUAUUCAGCAAAAAAACAAGCAAUGCCCAGUAUAAGCGUCAUUUCGUUUUCUCCGUCAGAGAGGUUCCACUUGCUGCUAUGCGAGCUCGACGGCACAACGUUUAUAGUCGAUUGCGGGUGGCCAGCAGCAGAAGACAUGGUCGAUACGCUGCCCAGCAGAGACAAGCAACGAGUGCAGAAUGGAGGUAUGGAGGGGCCGCGCGAAGCCCUGAGCACAAUCAACUGGGAGCGGGUGGACUUUAUCUUGAUAUCGAACUACGAGCAGAUGCGGCUGCUGCCAUACAUUACAGAGUACACGGGGUUUUCUGGCCCAGUGUACGCUACGGAGCCGACCAAGACAUACGGGCGAUGCGUGCUCGAAGAGGGGCUGGCAGCCUCGAUGGCAGGAAAUAGCAGAGGCGGCGGGCUGUACUCGCAGCGCGACAUCGUGGCAGCCAUGGAGAGAAUAACAGAUGUGCGGCAUGACGAGGUAAUCAGCCCGGUGCCCUUUGUGCAGGUGUACACGCGCAGCUCCGGAUACUGCAUUGGGGCGGGCAACUGGACAGUGGAGUACAAGGGCCACCGCACAGCGUUUAUCAGCACGUCGACGUUUGCCACAUGUCUGCAUCCGCAGGAGUGGGACGGGCGGACGGUGAGCGAGGCGCAGGUGCUGGUGUUCUGCGAUUCCGCAGACCCGUCCGACAACGAGGAACCUGGAUACAACGUACAGGUCUCGCAGCGGCUCAACCAGCUGUGCUCCAUGGCGAUCUCGACGCUCAAACAGCGCGGCCGCGUGCUGCUCAUCGGCGAGCCAUACGGUGUGACGCAGGACAUUGUGCAGCUGGUGGCAGAAAAUAUUACAGCGCUGAAUCUGCCGACACCGCAGUUUGUCUUUGUGUCGCCUGUGGCCGAGCGCACGCUGCAGUAUGGCAACAUCAUGGGCGAGUGGCUCUGCGAGAGCAAGCAGGCGAUGCUCUAUCUGCCUGAAUAUCCUUUCGCCGACAAGGACCUGCGGCAGCGCGGCCAUCUGCACUUUGUGCGCAGCCUGGCUGACCUUUCACAACGCGUACUGCCACAGGGCCCCUGGUUUGUUGUUGUGCCGCCGCACGAUAUUGCCACUAUAGAUCAUUUUAUGCGCCAAUGGAAGACGGACGCCCGCAACUGCAGCAGCGCCGAUAUGGUUUCAGGGACCGGCAUGUCGCGCUUUUCGGUGCUGUUGCACGAUGACGAUACGGCGCGCGCACAGCACCUGGUCAACCGCCUGCAGACAGCCGCUGCCGAGGUAUCCUAUGUCCCGGUGGCACGCCGCUUCACGCCCCACGCCAUUGAGCAGUGUCUGGCCGGUGCUGCCCGUUCGCAGCACGUUCUCGUGCCGAGCCACGUGUAUGCUCGACUCGCAUCUUUCGCUGCAGGCUUUGACUUCCGCAUGUUCGAGUAUGAGCACCUGCAGGCCACCACCGUCGACCUGGAUACCGACCGUCAUCUGCCGCUGGACAUCCAGCGCGAGGUGGCCAGCCGCAUGCGAGCUGCUGGCAAACAGCAUGCGUUGGUCAAGGGCCGCUUGACGCUGGCUGCAGGCAAAAUCAGAUUCGACUGUACGGACAAAGGCGAGGAGGAAAAAAAGAAUGAAAGCAAAGAGGGAAAACCACCUUUGCCACCGAAUGCAGGUGCAACUGACACUACUUCCAGCAGCGAUAGCCUUGUGCUGCGUCAGCGUGACCUGGCGCAAUGGACUCCUGAGCGGCUGGCUGGCGAGCUGGGUGAUGCUGGUUUGAAUGCCACGGUUACCGAUUCCCAGGAGACGCAAAGUAUAGUGCGCAUUAUAGUCCCUGGCGGAUCCGCGACUAUCAGAAUGCACGGGGGCUGGUCAAUUGAGUGCUCGUCUGCAGCCAUACAAUGGAUUGUAAUGGAUUCUCUGCGUCGCCUACUCAAAUGAAUGCAAAACAGGCAUGUUUUUUACUCGAUUUUAUCUUAAAAACAGUUUGCUUGUCCAUUGUGAUUAUUUUUUUCUUCUGUCCGCUC